UGGUGAGGGCAGGAACCAGGGAUUUUCUGAUACCUCUUUGUCCCAGAAUCAUCCAGCACAGGACCAGACAGUCAAGAAACAUUCAGGGUACAAGAAGGUUAACAAGGGCUGGGGGAAACACUGGGGCAAUAUGGGUGCUUCCUACCCUGGUAGUGGCCGUUAAGUAGCGGGAGUUAUUAGGCAAGAUCCAGGGGUCUGGUCUCACCCCUCGACUCUCCGCUCCGAGUGAACGCGGUGUAACAGUGCCCCCUGUGGUCACGUUCCAUUUCAGAACUCUGUGCGGGUGUGUGCUCCCUGUCCCGGGGGGAGGGCGGGGCGGGAAUCCCAACCCGGGCUACCCCGGCCCCCACUGGCCCCUCCAUGAACAACCAGACUCGGGCCCCAGCCCCUUCCUCAGUCAGGACCUCUACCCCGGUCCGGGCCUCCACUCCGGUCCGGGCCUCGACCCCAGUCAGGACCCCAACCCCUGUCCGGGCCCCGACCCCAGUCCGGACCCCGACCCCCGUCCGGACCCCGACCCCGGCCCAGGUCCCGAACCCGGCCCGGACCCCGACCCCGGCCCAGGUCCCGAACCCGGCCCGGACCCCGACCCCGGCCCAGGUCCCGAACCCGGCCCGGAUCCCGACCCCGGCCCAGGUCCCUACCCUGGUCCGGGCGGCGACUCCGGUCCGGGCCUCGAAUCCGGUCCGGACCCCGACUCCAGUCCGGGCUCCGGCUCCGGUCCGGGCUUUGCCUCCGGUCCGGGCCCCCCCUCUGGUCCAGGCUGCCACUCCAGCCCAGAUUCCCGCUGAGCUUCCGGCCCCGGCCUCCUUCCCGACCCCGGCCCUGCUGUUGGAUUCACCCCCAGAGCCGGCUCCGGAGCCAACUUUGUCGCCUGAUAAGGAUCCUGCGCGGUCGUCGAGUCUGAAGGCCGUCCCAUCAGUCACCAGCCUGUCUGAGCUCACCGAGGGUCCCCAUCCGCCGCUCACUCCAUCGGCCACUGAGAUACUGGGGUCCGCCUUCGGGGCCAUCCCGACCGUAGACACACAGGCCUCCAAGCUGACAGAUUCCACCCCCAGGCCUAUCCCAGGGCCCAUUCUGGGGACCAAGCUGUCAGCCACCUUACCGGUUUCUAACAACACACUUGCCUCCACCAGUGAGAACUUCGAAAUGGACGACAGAGUCAUUAUUCGAGUGGUCUACUGUGGCCUCUGAAGCUACGGCCUUCGGUACAUUCUACUGAGAAAGAGUCUGGAGCAGCAAUUUCCAAAUCGUCUAAUCUUUGAGGAGGACAUUUCUUCCCAGGCUACGGGGGAAUUUGAAGUGUUUGUGGACGGGAAACUGGUCCAUUCGAAGAAGAAAGGUGAUGGUUUUGUGGAUGAUACCAGGCUGCAGAAAAUUGUGAACAGUAUCAAUGAGACGAUCAAGAAAGAGUAGCAGGCACUGGCCAGCUGGAGGUGAGGUGAGGGCUUGCCAGGGCCAUGGUGAGAGGGGUGGAGGCUGGGAUGGGGGCAGGUGUGGGGAAAGGGGGAUAGGAUACUAUCCUGGAGUCAUAGACUCCUAGUUUCAAUCCUAGCACAGCCAACCCUCACUAUUAUAACUGGGGAGAAAUCACCUACACCCUUUUCUGAGACUCAGUUUCCUCAUCUAUACAAUGGGGUUGUUGAGAUGAUUUGAUGAGACGGCUCGUGUAAGGUAAGAAGGUAAUAAACAGUACUCAGCACAGAGUAGGUAAUAGGGUAAUAAACAGUACUUGGCACAGAGUAGGUGAUAAGGUAAUAAACAAUACUCAGCACAGAGUAGGUAAUAAGGUAAUAAACAGUAGUCAGCCCAGAGUAGGUGAUAAGGUAAUAACCAAUACUUGUCACAGAGUAGGUAAUAGGGUAAUAAACAGUAUUUGGCACAGAGUAGGUAAUAAGGUAGUAAGCAGUACACUGGUAUGUUGAUUAUAACUUUUUCCUCUCAGAAGAGCUUUUAAAGUUUAUACUAUCUCAGAACAGCCUGUGGCUAUUUAAAAUUUUUAAAAAUUAGCUGUAGUUGAGAAUAUACAUAGCAAAAACAUACACCAAUUCAAGUUUCUACAUGUACAAUUCCGUGACAUUGAUUACAUUCUUUGAGUUGUGCCACUGUUCUCAACCUCUUUUCCUAGUUGUUCUUCCCCCGUUAACAUAAACUCAGUGCCCCCUAAGGUUCCUAUCUAACCUUUUGAGUUGCUGUUGUCAAUUUGAUUCCAUAUAGAUAGAUCUUAAAAGAGCAUAAUGCUCAAGGCAGACAUUCUUUACUAGUUUAGCUAAACUAUUGUUUGGUUUUAAGAAGACUUCAGGGGGUAUUUUUGGUUUAAGGUUUAACAGUUAUUUUAGGGCAGUAGUUUCAGGGCCUCAUCCAGCCUCCAUGGCUCCAGAAAUCUGGAUUCCAUGAGAUUACUGUGCUGAAUUUUACCCCUUUUGAUCAGGAUUCUUCUAUAGAAUCUUUGAUCAAAAUAUUCAGUUAUGGUAGCCAGGCACCAUCUGGUUCUUCUGGUCUCGUGACAAAGGAGGCAGUUGUUCAUGGAGGCAGUUAGCCACACAUUCCAUGUUCUCCUCCUUUUCCUUCCUUUGUUGGCUCCGGUUGAGUAGAGACCAGUUGCUGUGCCUUCCAUGGCUGAUUACAAGCUUUUAAGACCACAGGCACUACGCAAUG